UGGUUUGCUUAUUGUUGGUUUGACCUAACAUGCACAUCAAAUGUUUGUUGCUUUUCUUUUAUGUGUACAUAAGUAGUAAUAUGUAUCUUUAUUCUUGCUAUUUCACUCUUAAUUAAUUAUUUUUAUGUUGCAAGUUCUGUCAAGGGGAGGGGAGGCUGUAGAGAUGACUACUGACCAUAAACCUAAUACUGAGCGGGGCAGCAUUGAGAAUAGAGGUGGCUUUGUCUCAAACAUGCCAGGGCAGUGUUUCUUAGAGAAUAUUUCUACUUCUACCCUCCUAGCCAGAACAACAAUCUCUGCUGUCUAUCAAACUGCAAAAUUAAUCAGUUCUGUCCCUAAUGUGUCAUAUUAGAAGAAGGCAAGCAUUCCUACAUAGAUUGGAAAUAACAUUUCUACCUAUUCAGCUUUAUUCAUUUAUCUAAAGACAUACGGUGUUUUCUGGACUUAUUCCUGGCUUUCCCUGAUGCCUUGUUCCAUCAAUUGCUUGUGGCCAUGGCUCAUCCGGACCGUGAAACACAAAUUGGAGCACAUAGUGUAUUCUCUAUGGUGCUUAUGCCAUCAAUAGUUUCUCCUUGGUUGGACCAGAAAACAAAGAUGGCUAUGAAGGUACAGAGUAAUAGCUUCCACAUUCAGCAUGAUAGUUUCUCUGAAGCAGAACACUUAAAUGGAAAACUGCUAGAAGGAAACACGGUUGCAGGAGUUACUGAGGAUAAAAAUGCUGUUCAUCCAUAUCGUGGUUAUAGCUUUACUCGUGCACUAACUGAUGGAAAGGAGGAUUUAGGUUCUCUUAGAUUGAGCAGUCAACCAAGUGAGUCUGUUGCUUUCUUCCAUCUGGGUUCAGGCAACCUCUGUAGAAAAUGGCCCUGCAAAUUUUGAGGCAAUGGCACACACUUUUAGCAUCUCUUUAUUGUUUACUCGUUCUAAGUUCUAUUUUCUGAAGCUUUGGCCAUCAUCAGAGCCUGAUUCAAUAUCUCAAAUCAAGAAACAAGAGCUCACGGUGGAGAAAAUGAACCGAGAUAUUCGUGAAAUCACUGAUAAAAUCAAAGAGAAAAUUUCAGAAAAGGACUAUGUUGCGUCUGGGAUGAGAAGCUCAUACUACUGGAAAAUGGAGUGGAGACGCCACGUCGCACGAAAAGGGAAGAUACUAAGUAACUUGUAUGUGGCUCUUGAUGAAUUGUGUUUCAUGAACAAUGCAACUAGGAGAAGAUCUAAGAAGGAGAAAUGCUUCACAGAAGAAGAGAUUGAUAACCAUAAUCUGAAUUCAUUGAUGCGACACGGAAGUAUGAGUCUCGCGGACGAAAAGCGAAUUCUGAGGAACAUAAACACUCAUCAGAGAGAUGCUGAUAAAUUUCAGUCACUAGAAGUGCUUAGAAAUACUAUCAAAUGGGAUUACUAUGAGAAUCAUUGCUAUAAGCUACUGAGAGAAAUUGAACAAUUCCAAGACCAAAGGAAAAUAGCUGCUGCCAAUGCUUCUGCGAAGGGGAAGAUUCCGGGCUAUGUAUCGAUGAAAAACUCCGUAAAUGACCAAAUCAAGGUGUUCUGUGAUGAAUCUUGGGAGAACAGAAAAAAAGAGAUGGUAGAAUGCACCAAAAUUAGAAAUGCAGAGAAAAAACAAGAGGAAAGAAUGACUCUACUGAAGCUCCUAGUUGAGAAAAAGUAUCCUCUCAUGUAAUCUAAGAAAAUAUAUAAUUAAAAAGAAUUUGCUUUAUUUUCCUUGAUUAAAAUUGGAAACAGUAAAAUAAUUAAAUAGACUAAAGCUGAGAUACAGAUGUUAAGAGGCAAUGUUCAAAAACUGCAACUACAAAAUUAGAAUCUUGCUCAAUUAAACACACAUGCUAGCGGUACAUUUUACAUCUUAUACAUUCAUAUUAAUAUCAUUAUUUUUACAGGGAUAAUAAUUCUAUCUAGUUGCUCUUGCAAGUGCUUAAUUUAGAAAGGGAAAGGAUAAAAGCAUUGCAACAUGAACUUGUAUAGAGGGCUGCUUUAUUUAAAGGGACCAAGACCAACACUGAGGUUGUAGUG